AUGCAGCUUGGGGGCCUCCGUUUUCUAGUGCAUGUCUCGCCCAAUGCGCCACUUCCCCCCUCCUCUAGCCUCCAGUGCUGCUGCAGCGAGAAUUGUAACAGCAGCAACGGCAGCAGCCAGCAGCAGCAGCAUAAACAUCCAAAGCUUGAAGUGUGUGAGGAUGAGGCGCAAAAUACAGACACCAACCUUGGCAAAAAUAAAAGGCGCUGCACCGAAGCAGACCAUCUUCAGCAGCAGAAACUACAGCAGCAUCAGGAGGAGGAGGAGCAGCAGCAGCAGCAAAUGUCGCAGAGCUCCAAUGAGCCCUAUGAAGACUUGAACUGCCGAAGAGUCCGCGCUCACGGCCCUCUUGCGCACCGUCACAAACAGACGCAGCAGCAGCAGCAGCAACAGCAGCAAAUAUCAGAGGAAUGCGCCGCUUGCGGCUGUAAAUGUCCCUCUAACCGUGGUGCUGCUUUUGCUGCUGCUUCUGCUUCUUCUGCUGCCUUUACCCCGAUUUAUUCUUCUUUCUGUCCCCGACCUCUCCUCUCUGUUAAUGCAGGUGACCCUCAGCUGUAUGUCGGUGGUGGCUCAAUUAAUUUGGCCUUUCUUAAUGCAAUAAGGGCCUCCUCAGCUGCCCCUACUGGUGCCCCCUGUGGGGGCCCCAGAGAAGGUGGCGCAGAGGAUGCUAAUGGGGGGGGCCCUUUGGGGGGGCCCCCAGGGUCUCCUCACUGGCGGCCUCACGUAGAUCUUAGUAGCAAUUGGGGUAGUGCAAUGGGGGCCCUGCAUUCAGAUGUCUUAAAGGCAGCAAAAGAAUCAUCUACAGGCACAGCCAUCAUAAGGUGUGGGGGGCCCCCUGGGGGCCCCCAGAAGGGCCCACUAGGAGGCCCCAUGGGGCCCCCCUCCCUAUGGGGGACUCCCUUUAGCUGUUUAUUUGGCAUGGUACCUGAAGAAGAAGAGAGACAACAAAUAGGGUUAAAGGGGACAGAUGCAUUUGUUUGUAUAGAUAUAAUUAGGAAGGAAAUAAGACCAUUAAAUAUAAAUAAUAUUGGCAUGGCUUAUGUUGUGGGGCCCAAGGGGUGGACAUACACCGCAGACAAGUUCUAUGAAACACUUUUCGUUCUUUCUCGAAAUCUUCUUCGUUUGGUAUUACUCUUUAACGAGAAGCAGACCCAAGGGGGCCCCUCGGGGGGUCCGUCUAAGGGCCCCUGUGGGGGCCCCCUUGUGCAACAGUUGCGCAUGCCUUUGGUGUCUGGAGGUGCCUUUAAGGGAGACAAAGACGCUAAUCUAAUUGCUGCUGCUCUGAUAAAAGGGUUCUUAGCUGCGGCAGCAGAAUGGAAGCAGCGCAACAAGCCAACAGAGGGGGGGCCCCAGAAGCAAGGGGGCCAGCAGAAGCAUGGGGGCCCUCCGGAUGCAACGCAGAAGGAGAGCGGAACUGCACGGAAUCGCAAUAGCCCUAGUAGCGUUUCAUUGAGGGCUGAAGCAGCAGCAGCAGCAGCAGGAGCAGCGGAGGGGGUCCGCAAAGAGGGCCCCCAAGACGGCAGCACGGAGACCACCGCUAUUGAGGCAAAGAGCAGUAAAUCAGCAGAUAAAGAACCCGUCAGUCAGAGAGGGGGGGGCCCAAACCAGAAGAAUGGAGUGGGGGCCCCUACAGGCACUGCAGGAGGCAGCAGCAGCAACAACAACAGCUGCAACAGCAGCAAGGAUCAGGAAAUCGAUAGCACCAACGGAAGUUCCAUUGGGGUCUGCGACACCCUGUGCGCUUUAGGUUUCACGGCUAACCGUGGUUUGGGGUUUGGCACGAUGCUCCCCAAACCCAAACGCAGAGACAAACACAGGGAGGGCCCCCCACCCGAUUCAGCAGCGGUUUCUGCUUCUUCUCUUCCUGAGAGAGAUACAGUACCAUUGGGGGCCCCCAGGGGGCCCCCCUCUGGGGCCCCUCUAGAGGAAGAUGGCCCACGCAGCAGCAGAAGACGCAGCAGAAGGCUUCGAGAUCGCAGUCCCCCGGACUACUCUGCGGAUGAGAUCUUGGCUCUUGUUGCUCCUGAGCAGCAGCAGCAGCAGCAGCGGCAGAAGAAGAGGGGAGCAUCAAGAGGGCAGGCCUCCUUAAAGCCGUCAAGCCGGCGCUUCCGUAGGGAAGAAGUAAGGGAAUCGGGGGCCCCUCACAGCCGUUCUUGGGGCCCCCUAGCCCUUAGCAGCAGCGGGAAGAUUGAAGGAGGGGGGACCCCCAUUCAGGUGCCCCCGCCUCCUCCAUCUAGCGGCUCUGCAGCCUCUUCGUCCUCCUCACUUAGAGCCUUGGCUGUACCCGGAUCCUCAGCAGCAGCAGCAGCAGAUGAGGCUUGUGUCCUUGUGCCUCUUAAUCAGGCACGAGCUCUCUUGGCAUGCGCCUCCCCUGCAGCAGUACAACUUGCUGCUGCUGCAGCAGCAGCAGCAGCAGCAAACUCGUACACGCACGAACCCACGCAUGACGCCUAUUCUACAGACAGCCGGGGGGGGCCCUGGGGGGCCCCCAGGUUGGGCUCUGCUGCAGCAGGGGAGGGGCCUCCUGUGCAUACAGCACAACAAAGUCUGGGUAUGGGGCCCCCCUAUCGAUCUACGCAUCCUUACAGGCAUGCAUCAAUGUCUCUUUCUUCCUUCCCUAAGAGCCGUCUCCCUGCCUUGGCCCCUGGGGGCCCCUUGGGGUCCCCCCGAAUAGGGGGCCCCUCUCCUGGUGUCCCCUCUUUGGGCCUCUCUGGGGGCCCCCCUUCAAACUCUGGGCGAUGGGCUCUAAGCCGCAGUCCUCUCCGUAUGCAACCUCGUGUAGAGGAGGCCCUUUUGGGGGCCCCCCAGGGGGGCCCCCCAGGGGACCCCCCUGUGCUGGGCUUAGGGAGGAGACGCAGCAGCAGCGAUACUCCUCUGCUGCGGCAUUCACCAUUUAGAGGGCAGCAAACAAGGAGACUGUCUCUGAGAGACACUCAAGCUCAACAUUACCCACAGGGGGCCCCUGGGGGGGCCCCCGUUGGGCCCCCAAGAGUAGAAUCCCUUGUAGUAGACCCCCGUACACCCGAGAGGAUCCAUACCAACGCAGCUAGAGCGCUUAACUGCAGCUGCUGCAUGCACGACCAGCAGCAGCAGCAGCAGCUGAGUACGGUGCAUAGAAUAGAGGCCCGGGGCGCUGCUGUAAGGAGGCCCUUAGGGGCCCCUGCAGCAACUGCUGCUCCUUGGGGGGCCCCCUCUUCUUCGUUGCAGAGGGCCCCCACUCCCUUUUCGGGGGCCCCAGUUGUGAGCGUCGACUCCUUAACUAGCGGCUUCGAAGCAGCAGCAACAGCAUCAGCAGCAGCAACAGCAGCAGCAGAUGGGGGGCUGCUUCCUAGCAGGGAAAGGGGCCCCCAGGAGGGGCCCUUUACUACACAUUAUCGUGAAACAGACAGGCACCUGCUUAGGACACCCGCGCAUCUGUCGGGGCCCCUAAGGGCCCCCCCUGAUACCCCAUCAGCAGGAACAGUACUGCAUCUAGAGGGGCCCCCACAGGCUGCAGGGCCUCCCCCUGCUGAUGCUUCUAUACAGAGGAGUGUUGUGCGGGGGGCCCCUCCUGCUGUUGCUACAGCAGCUCCUGGGGUAUUAAGAAGCUCCCCCUUAGGUGGACCCCCUGAGGGCCCCCACGGGGGACCCUUUGGGGGCCCCUCUCUGUUUUCUAGGGGCCCCCUUCCUGCCUUCGAUGCUCUUGCUGCUCUUUUGGCUCCUCCCCUCAAUAAGGAGACAGAUUUGCUUAAAGGAGACACAGCAGCAGCAGAAGACGGGGGGGGGCCCCCUCCUUUGAAGGGGCCCCUCACGGUGUCUAGGGUAUAUAUGGAGGCUGCGUUCCCCUCGGGGGCCCCACACAGCACCGCACCUGGGGGCCCCCAUGGUAAGCAGAACCCGCAGCAGCUUCUUGCUGCUGUCUCUGCUGCAGCAGCACAAACAACACUAAGAGGCCUUCAACAAGAAAAGGGUACUUGCGUGCUGCGGCUGCCAUGGAGGGGCCUCGGGGGGGCCCCUGAUGAAGGGGAUAGAGGGGCCCCCAAUGCAACAGAGGCGGGAGCGCAGUCGCCUGAAGCAGCUACAGCAGCAGCAGCAGCUGCUGCUGCUGCUGCUGCUGUUGCUGCUGCUGCUGCAGAGGAUAAUAGCCUACCAAGGCCUCCUGUGUCUUCUUCAUUAGAGAAUCUUAAGAGAA